CGCGCAGUUGCGGAUUCUCUUAGUCUGUGUUCGACUCUGUUUACUGCAAGCAUGGAUUUGGGAGACUUUGAGCGGGAUAACACGGGCAGCUGCCGUCUGAGUUCGCCGGUGCCAGAGCUGUGCCGCACCGAGGACUGCUGCCUGGGCAUCGAUGAGGCCGGCCGGGGGCCUGUCCUGGGCCCCAUGGUUUAUGGCAUCUGCUUUUGUCCCUUGUCCAGAUUGGGCGAACUGGAAGCCCUGAAGGUGGCAGAUUCAAAGACUCUGUCAGAGGCCGAGAGGGAGAGACUCUUUGGGAAGCUAGACCAGGCUCGGGACUUUGUGGGCUGGGCCUUGGACAUUCUGUCCCCAAACCUCAUUUCCAACAGCAUGCAGAGGCGGGCCAAGUAUAACUUGAACUCCCUUUCUCACGACACUGCUAUGGCUUUGGUGCAGUUGGCCCUGGAUCAGGGUGUGAAGGUCACUCAGGUGUUUGUGGAUACAGUGGGGCCAGCUGACAAGUACCAGCAAAAACUUCAGGAGAGGUUUCCAGAGCUAGAGGUGACUGUUCGACCCAAGGCAGAUUCCCUCUUCCCUGUGGUCAGUGCUGCCAGCAUUUGUGCCAAGGUUGCCCGGGACCAGGUUGUGAAGAGAUGGAAGUUUCUGGAAGACCUUGGGGACAUGAAAAUGGAUUAUGGGUCUGGCUACCCCAAUGACCCCAAGACUAAAGAGUGGCUGUCCCAGUGCUUGGACCCGGUCUUUGGUUUUCCCCAGUUUGUCCGAUUUAGCUGGAGCACUGCUCAGCUCAUCCUGGAUGGACGUGCCGUGCCUGUGCGCUGGGAGGACUCGGAGGAAGAGGCGGGAGAUCCACCGGCUGCUGGCAGGGGUUCUAGCACCCCCUCCCUGCUAUCUUACUUUGCCCGUAGACAGACUCCCACAGAAAGACAGUCUCACCGGUUCUUCCAUGAAAGGGGGUUGGAGACGGUGGCUGACCUGUAGAAAUUGUUGGGGAAGUGGGUACAGAGAGUGGCAGUGUCAGGCAGGCAUGGACAGUAGUGCUGCUUUGUGUCCUUGUCUUUUUUCCUUCCCAGUGGUUCAUAAUAAAGUCUCAGGAACAUCAG